AUGGAAUACAACAGACAAAAUAGACGACGAGGCAUCGACGUCGGCAACAUCAUUGGCGAUCCAUUCGCUCUUGCUACCAUCUCCAUCUCAGCGCUCGCAUGGGUCAUUGCUUUCAUCGCAUCUAUCAUCGCCCAAAUCCAGACCAGAGAUAGCUUCCCCACCUACACGUGGUGGACCGUCGUCUACUACUUUUUCACAGUAGGCGGGGUCUUCGUUGUGGUCGCAUCCGACACCACCCAGACCUACCAUGUCGCCGUGGUCGGCUACCUAGCAUGCGGGCUGGUCCUUACCACGUCCUCUGUGAACAGUCUCGUCUAUUCAGCCAAUGGAGCCAAAGAAGCUGCCUCUGCGGGAUUCAUCCUGCUGUCCAUGGUGACCAUUGUGUGGAUCUUCUAUUUCGGCUCCGCACCUUCGGCUGUUCCGCGGGCCUACCUAGAUUCCUUUGCGUUGACCAAGGAGUCUCACAUGAUGAACCGACAGACAAUGAACGGGUAUGGCGGUGGCCGCCCCGAGACGUCGACUUCUGUGCAGCCGCCGCAGAUGUACACCUCUGCCCAGCUCAACGGCUUCGAGAACCCUUCGCCUGUCGCCGGCAUCUCCACCGUGCCCGGCGCUCGUAAUAGCGCUGCAGCGAAUGGUUUCGGUAACUCGCAAAUGAAGGCGCCCGGUGCUACGAACAAUGAGGGGGAGAUAGUCCCUCCAACCGAGUACCCGUACCGAGCCAAGGCCAUCUACAGCUACGAGGCGAACCCAGACGAUGCCAACGAGAUUUCUUUCUCCAAGCACGAGAUCCUGGAAGUUAGCGACGUCAGCGGUCGGUGGUGGCAAGCACGAAAGGAUAAUGGUGACACCGGUAUUGCACCCAGCAAUUACCUGAUCCUGCUUUAG